AUCGCGUGACAUUGUAUGUCGUUACAAACAGGUGAGAUCAAAGACAUUUCAAACCUGUUUUUUAAUUUUUUUACCUAACAGGUUUACAUUCAGUCGUAGUAGCUACGGUCAGACAUAUACACAAUGGAGGCUACGAUGUUCACAAGGAUUCUUGAAGCGGUCAAAAACCGUACGUUUAAAGACGAAAAGCUCGAUGUUUUGGAGUCUUAUUCGAACGACGAUUGUACAUUUUUCAGCGCUGAUCAGGUUGCGGAAUUGGUAAAAGAGUUUACUUUUGACGACGAGAAAGUGGAAGCGGUAAAAAUCUGCUCGAAAAAUCUGGUUCCUCUAACUUGUGUGGAAGCUUCUGUGAUAUUGAAAUCGUUCGGCUUCGACGACCGUAAAGUGAAGGCGCUAAAGCUCAUCGGGGAUCGGAUCAUAGACCCAGAGGCUUACAGCGUUUUCGACGAUGAUAUUUCAUUCUCAUUUUACCAAUCAGAAGUAAAGAGACUCUUCGAAGCGAAGACACAAUGCUUCGACCCUGGCAAUAAUUAUGGAGCCACCGAGCAAGCAACUAACCUGACUGGAUAUAACCCCUAUAUGGGAAACGGGGGGACACUGGAGUAUAACCAAAACCCCGGUUACGGAGAUUCGGCGGGCUUUAUCCCCGCACCUGAAUAUGCUUAUUAUGGCAACUAUGAUCAAUCAGCUUGGUAUACACCAGCUCCUUAUGGUGCCUCUCCGGAGAUGGCUCCCUUGACAGCGUAUGGGCCCUAUCUAGGAUAUGGACAAAGCACAGAUCAGUAUUCGGGUAACACAUCAAAUAUAUACCCCGAAUACCAAAUUUUUCCUGCCCAACCAAGCGAUGGAUUCCCUCCAUACUGGCAAUAAAGUCAGUGAGAGACUCAUACUCGCUGGAAUCUGGAACGGGACUACGCAGAACACGAGUGGUGGAUCCAGGGGAAGGGAUUGAAAGAAACUGCAAUAAUUUAUUGCAUAAACUGCUCAAGUUUUUCUGCCCAACCAAGCAAUAAAUUUCCCCCCUACUGGCAAUAAAAGUCAGGGAAAGAGUCAAACUGCAGGGAACUUGAGUGGUUGAUCCGGGGGGGUGGGUGGGGUGAUGGAAAGAGUGCAAAACAUUAGUGGCAGAUUGAGCGUGAAGGAUUCAACACAACCCACCUCUAACCGCCCUCCCCCCAAAGUACUUUCUGUCUGGCCAAGUGAUGGAUUACCUACUGGCAAUAAGCAGAGAGGGAGGGACAUUGGCUGGAACCUAGAACGAGGCUGUUUGGAGAACACAUGCCCCUCUCCCUUGAAUACCAAGUUUUUCAAAGCGAUGCAUUGCCUCCUACCGGCUCCAUACCACCAUAUGCUUUAUUCGCCCACCCCCCCCCCCCCUCUCCCACUCACCUAGAUAGGAGCCCUGUUUGUGAAAGGGAAAGCUCCUCCCACACACGGGCUCAAGAACAAUCAGUUAUCAAUCAGUCGUCAAUGAGUCAACAUGUCAUGACAAGUGCUCUGAGCAUUAAAUUUUAUAUUCUAAACUUAAUUAAAUAUCAUUCCUAGGGUUGUCCAUCUAAAAACGUUUCUAUCUAUCGUAAAAUAAUGCUAUAACAAGCUGUGUGCGAUCUAAAUUACGAGCAUUUUUUAUCACGCGCGAGAAUAAUUUAUGUUGAUGCGCUAGAUUAUGGAUAGUGCAAAAUUCUGAAUUUUGCACCAAAAACUUGAGUGGACAGCAAAUAACUAAUUUAUCAAUCUCUUCACACAACUGUCUUGUUACCUGUGCAAAAAUAGUUUUAUUCCAGCCGACUUAGGCUCAGAGAUAAGCAAUUUUACCGGAGAAUUAUAAUGACCGCUAGCGUGGCAGUGUUCUGAUUAUAAUUGCAAAUUUGAGCCCGGAUGUGGGAAGGAGCUUUCCCUUUUCAUAAUGGAACCUCGUAUUUAAACAACUUCAAUUUAAAAAAUGGAGGAUGGACUCCAGAUACUAGUUUAACGCAAGAUUUAUGUAGAGCUAAUUAAUUAAUUAAUUCAACUUAUGCUAGAUUUUGGCUGGAACCUUUAUUUGAAGGAAAUCCACCAACUUACAGUGAAUUUUGCAGUUUAACAUUUAAAGAAUAGAUGAUACAUUUUGAAUGCUGUUUGCUAUCUACCA